AUGACAAAGGACAAUUUGUCUUCAAAUCCAAGCGAAUGCCCUGCCAAAGAAGAUGCGUUCAAGACGGAAGAAUACGACAAUGACAUGGAAAAAUAUGACAAAGAAUUGGGGAUCCCACAGAAAAACUCUAACGGAAAAGUAAAAACCCACAAAUGCAAGCAUUGUCCUUUUGUUGCCACAACUAAAUUGGAUUUCUGGAAACACAUAAAAAUACAUAUGAAAGACGACAGGAUCCUCAAAUGUCCCAAAUGUCCGUUUGUUACAGAGCUCAAGCACCACCUGAAAUAUCACAUGCGGAACCAUGAUGGUUCCAAGCCCUAUAAGUGCUCACAAUGCGACUAUACCUGCGUCAAUAAUUCAAUGCUGAACUCUCACAAAAAAUCGCAUUCCAACAUCUACCAAUUUCGUUGUGCGAACUGCGAGUACCGUACUAAGUACUGCCAUUCCCUCAAACUUCAUUUGCGUAAGCUCAAACAUAGCCCAGCAAUGGUUCUGAAUGCAGACGGUACCCCAAAUCCCUUGCAGGUUAUUGAUGUUUAUGGUACCAGACGAGGACCUAAGUUGAAACCGCAAAGUCCUGAGCCAAUAAUACCCUUUCUUUUCAACCCAUUGAUGCCUCAUGCAACUCCUUCAGUUCAAGACCUGUUUCCUGCUCUUUUUCCGAUUUUUCCUGAUCUUCAGGAUCCGAGAGUGUUGGAGAACUUGAAAUCUCAGAAACCUACUGAAACUACUAGUUCGACUCCUGAGCCAAUAAUUCCCUUUCCUUUCAACCCAUUGAUGCCUCAUGCAACUCCUUCAGUUCAAGACCUGUUUCCUGCUCUUUUUCCGAUUUUUCCUUAUCUUCAGGAUCCGAGAGUGUUGGAAAACUUGAAGACUCUGAAACCUACUCUGAAGGAGUUGCAUAAGGAUUGA